AUGUGUAUAAGAGACAGACCUGGGGCCCCUCAUUUUGGAGGAAAAUGGGAAGCAGCGGUCAAAUCAGUGAAGUAUCAUCUCUCUCGAACGAUUCGGGAUACUACACUGACGUUUGAGGAACUCUCUACGCUGCUUACCCAGAUUGAAGCCGUGCUCAACUCCAGACCUCUACAGGCUCUCUCUGAAGAACCCGACGACGUGUUGUGUCUCACUCCGGGCCAUUUUUUGAUUGGAGAAGCUCCAAUAGCUCUACCGGAACCUUCCCUGGACCAUCUCAACGUUGGACGGCUCUCAAGAUGGCAACUGAUUCAGCAGAGGCUGCAGUAUUUCUGGAUGCAGUGGUCUACAGGAUACCUGCUGCAACUUCAGACCAUCUUCAAGUGGCAUCAUCCGUCCAACGACAUUCGCAUCGGCUCUAUGGUUCUGCUCUCCGAUGAGAGGUUCCCGCCAGCGAAGUGGCCUCUAGCUCGGGUCACAGCUCUACACCCUGGGAAGGAUGGUCUCUCCAGAGUUGUGACCAUCAGGACAGCAAUGACGACAUUGACUCGGCCGAUCUCCAAGCUGGCUCUAUCAUGGCUUUCUCGAGAACCUGGUCACCAACAAGUUGCUGACGGGGGGAGAAUGUUGAGGCUUCAGCCUCACGUCACGGCAGGUUGGUCCGCUGACCACGAGCGACAGCACCUUCUGGACACGGACUUGGGUUAG